GCUGAACCCGGAGUCUUGUUCCCACCCCGGUUCUCCGCGGAACUUGCCGGGGGCGACUCGGGCUUUAGGCUGCCGGGGCAGGCAGGCACUGGGCUCUCCAGGGCCGAAGGCUGGGUCGCAGCAACAGAUGCGCCCUUGGGCUGUCGUCCUGGCUCGGAGACGUGAAGUCUGGCGGAGGGGUUGACGCCCGAGGCAGCACACGGGGAGUCAGAAGAGCUGCGGGAUCCGCAAUGGUGCCCUUGCGAGUAGUGUGGCUGGCCUGCGCGCUGCUAGGAGUGGCGGGAGCGUGCCCCGAGCCGUGCGCCUGCGUGGAUAAGUAUGCACACCAGUUCGCCGACUGCGCAUACAAGGAGCUUCGCGAGGUGCCAGAAGGACUGCCAGCUAACGUGACCACGCUUAGUCUUUCUGCCAACAAGAUCACCGUGCUGCGGCGCGGGGCCUUCGCCGACGUCACGCAGGUCACGUCGCUGUGGCUGGCGCACAACGAGGUUCGAAUCGUGGAGCGCGGCGCGCUGGCGGUGCUGAGCCAGCUCAAGAACCUUGACCUGAGCCACAACCUUAUAUCCAGCUUCCCAUGGAGCGACCUGCGUAACCUGAGCGCGCUACAGCUGCUCAAAAUGAACCAUAACCGCUUGGGGUCGCUUCCCCGGGACGCACUCGGUGCGCUGCCCGACUUGCGCUCCCUGCGCAUUAAUAACAAUCGGCUGCGUACACUAGCUCCCGGCACCUUCGACGCGUUGAGCGCACUGUCACAUCUGCAACUUUAUCACAACCCCUUCCAUUGCGGUUGCAGCCUCGUGUGGCUGCAAGCCUGGGCCGAGAGCACGCGAGUCUCGCUACCUGAGAUCGACUCCAUUGCGUGCGCCACGCCCACCGCGCUGCAGGGGGUUCCGGUGCACCGCCUGCCCACUCUGUCCUGUGAGCCACCCAGUGUGCACCUGAGUGCCGAGCCGCCCAUUGGGGCUCCGGGCAGCCCCCUGCGCUCCGGCAUGGCGCUCAUGCUACACUGUGCCGCCGAAGGACACCCCACGCCCCGCCUUCAAUGGCAACUCCAGAUCCCGGGUGGCAUCAUAGUCUUAGAGCCGCCGGUCCUGAGCGGGGAGGACUACAGGGACGGGAUGGAAGAUGGGGACGAGGAAGGAGAUGGGGAAGGAGAUGGGGAUGGGCCGAUGCAGACGGAGGCCCCAACCCCGUCUCCAGCACCAGCGUGGCCCGCGCCCCCAGCUACCCCACGCUUCCUGGCUCUAACAAACGGCUCCUUGUUGGUGCCCCUCUUGAGUGCCAAAGAGGCAGGCGUCUACACGUGCCGUGCCCACAACGAGCUGGGCACCAACUCCACCUCAGUACGCGUGGUGGUCGCAGCUGCCGGGCCCUCAAAGCACGCCCCUAGCGCAGGGGGAGACACGGAUGUGCAGAGUCCGACCUCUGAGCGUAAGUCCACAGCCAAAGGCCGGAUCAACAGCGUUCUGUCCUCCAAGUCCGAUGGCAAAAUCAAAGGCCAAGGCCCAGCCCGGGGUAGCAUCCUUGGGGAAAUGGAGGCGGGGCCUUUGGAGGCUGGAGAAGCAGAGGAGGCGGAAGACCAGGUCUCUGCAGAACGGGCGGAGGAGCAGCGCUGUGGCCACGGGGAGCCCUCGCGGUAUGUGUCCAAUCACGCGUUCAACCAGAGCGCGGACCUCAAGCCGCACGUCUUUGAGCUGGGCGUCAUUGCGCUGGACGUGGCUGAGCGGGAGGCGCGGGUGCAGCUGACGCCGCUGGCGGCGCGCUGGAGCCCGGGGCCUGGCGGGGCUGGAGGAGUUGGGUUGCCUGAGCCGCGGCCCCUGCGGCGUCUCUAUCUGUGCCCGGCGGGGGGAGGCGCGGCAGUUCAGUGGUCGCGCGUGGAAGAAGGCGUCAACGCCUACUGGUUCCGUGGCCUGCGGCCUGGCACCAACUAUUCCGUGUGCCUGGCGCAGGCAGGCGAGGCCUGCCAUGUACAAGUGGUGUUCGCCACCAAAAAGGAGUUGCCCUCCCUGCUGGUGAUCGUGGCGGUGAGUGUGUUCCUUUUGGUCCUGGCCACCGUGCCCCUGCUGGGCGCCGCCUGCUGCCACCUGCUGGCCAAACACCCGGGGAAGCCCUACCGUCUGAUCCUGCGGCCGCAGGUUCCUGACCCCAUGGAGAAGCGCAUCGCCGCCGACUUCGACCCGCGUGCCUCCUACCUCGAGUCCGAGAAAAGCUACCCAGCAGGCGGCGAAGCUGGCGGUGACGAGCCAGAGGAGGCCCCCGGGGAGGGUCCCGACGAAGACGCAGAGCAGGGGGACCCAUGCGGGGACUUGCAGAGGGAGGAGAGCCUUGCGGCCUGCUCGCUGGUGGAGUCCCAGUCCAAGGCCAACCAAGAGGAGUUUGAGGCGGGCUCAGAGUAUAGUGACCGGCUGCCCCUGGGUGCGGAGGCGGUCAACAUUGACCAGGAGAUUAACGGCAACUACAGGCAGACAGCGGGCUAA